GAGUGUUACGCACAAAAGUUUAGUUUACAUAAAAGAUUACAGUUAAGGAGCCUGCGGGCAUCUGGGACUCUCAUUUAUGAACACAACGAUGUAGCGCAGCUGUUCGAGGCUUGGAGGUGGCGGGGAUUUCUGUUUGACUGCAUAGCCGGAAAGUACGCCAAUGAUUCGUUUCCCCAGUGGGACUGUUGACGGUCUCUCUUGCUUCUUAUCUAUCCCACAUACCUUGCUUAAUGCCUCUCCUCUUAAUCCCGGAGGACUGACCAUGCAAGGUAUUGAUGGCUCACCUUCCGGUCUCCCUUUCACAGGACACACUCCUUUUGUUAGGAACCUAUGUUUGGGACUCAAUUUACCUAUCAUAAAUACCGCAAAUAUUAUUCCUCCUCCGAAUCUCGGGGUAGGCGUAGUACCUUCAGUUUCUUGUGCAUCUGCAGGGUGCCAAAACCCAGUUUUGUGUUAUCCUGUCUCAGUGACCCAAACGGCCCACUCGGUUAUUGAUUCUGGUCCAUCUGAUCCAUCUGUUCACACGAUUGUUCGUGGUCCAGUUAUGUACACAAGCGCAUUCAACGGCUGAUUCACAUUCGAAUCGAUUCAUCUGCGCCUCUACUGGUUAAUGAGUGGUCGUGAUUUGAUUCAACGAAGUAAUGGAAUUCAUUCUAGUAAUGAGAAAAAUAAAGAAGAAAGUCCUCCUGAUCGUAUUGUGGCUUCUUAUGCUGCUGCAGCACAUGCAGCUGCAUUGGCUUGUCAUCAACCGAUUUCCAGAGCUGCUGAAGCUUAUUUAGCCACAAACUCUUAUAACCGAUCACGUCAUUCUAAAAGACCUCGGGCAUUAAACAAUUUGUCUACUGUCACACUAUCAACAACUUCGAACUCACUGUCUACUUUGGUGGAUACUGGAUCAAAUUAUAUUUCAUCUAAUUUAUUAUCAGUCCCUUCUUCUGGAUCAUCACUUAUUUCAUCAGAAGCUACUUAUGAAGAAUCGCAUAAAGGGUGGACUCGUCUAGUGAAUAAGAAAACGCAAAAUGUAGUGUACAUAACGUCUGAUGGUACUCGUUUACAUAACGUCGAUGAAGUAUACACAUAUUUAUCAACAAGAAAUUCAGAAUGUGAAAUUAAUUCCAGUAUAAAAGAAUUAAUCGCUGCUCAUUUCAUUUUCGCACCAACAAUCAAUGGUCCUUCACUUGAGGAUACAUUAAAUUUUGUUCAUAGAUUACAGGGUUCUGUUUUAAAAGAUGAAUCAGUGAAUGAUAACGUUUCCCAAUUUCUAACAACUGUAUCAAGUAGUGUAAAUAGUGAUAGUGUUUCACAAGCCGUUAAAUCAUCAGAGGAAGUUUCCGCCUGUCGUGUUACGUUCAACCCCGAUUAUUUACCAAGCUCGGACCUGCCAGCAAAACGAUCAAAAUUAUCUGAUGAUUUACUUAGUUCAGUUUGUAAGCCAAAAGAGCCAUCUACAUUGAAGGGACAGUCCGUUAACUGUUCAGUCAAUACAACUAUCAGUGCAUGUCCUACACAGUCAUUUGUAUCAUCGAAUAAUUGUGAACUGAAUAUUUUGUGUACUGAUGCACUGCAUACUUCACCAAUUGAUCGAAUUCGUGAAGGACCAAGUGAUUUUGAAAAUAAUCAAUUCACUCACAAACAGAACUUGAAUAAUUUGAGUAAGAAUGAAGCUGAAAAUUUCGCAACUUCGUCUACUAGCGUAUUUCCUGAUGAUAUAUCUUCCAGUCGAAUAAAACCAAGUCAGUUGCAGAAUGAUAGCGAAGUAGUUGCUAAACUUACCACUGAAACCCUUACAACUGGCGCCUUGCGUACAUCGUUAGCAUCACUAACUACUGAGGUUGUUCCGUCCGUUAUAUCUCCGUCCAAGCAGAUUGGUGUAAAUGCUACAAAUUUUAGUUUAUCAGACGCUACUAGUUCAUGUUUCGAUCCAUCUCAGGCAAAUUUAGCUACACUGAACGUCUUGCAACAAAAUUCUGUUAAUCCACUGUUCAUUGAACAAUUACUUGGAAUCAGUCAAAUGCGUCAUAUUCAACAUCCACAGCAGCAUAAUCAUAAUUUGAGUUCAGGCAUCACGGUCACAGUACCGACACAAAACAUCAUAGGAAACUAUCCAUUUGGUGUUUUAGCUAGUCAGUCUCUAUCAAAUCCUAUUUUAUCAUCUUUAACAGCUGAAUGGCUUUCAAAUCUUCGUUCAUCUGCACAACAAUCGAUAACUAGUAGUACUCUGCCAGAGUUGACACUGAAUUCAGCUAUUGACAAUUUAAAUGCAACUUCUGUUCUUCAGCAAUAUCAACAACGACAACAUUUCUUAACUCUGGCAGCCUUACAAAAACAUCAGCAAAAUCAAGCAUUAGCCCUGAUUCAAAAUGCCGUCUUGCUCCAACAACAAAGGAAUAAUAGUGUUGCAAACGCUGCUGCACUUGUCUUACGUCAACAACAAGAGCAACAGUUGGCAGUAGCUUCUUUACAAGCCCAAAGUUAUAUAGCUGCUUUGCAACAGCAGUUUACUAAUUCACAUACCUAAAAUAGACUUCUCAUUACCCCAUUAAUAAUAAUAUACAUAAGUAAGAGAUCGAUUUAUUCACACCGUUCUUCAUUGGUAUGUUGUAUAUCACACAUAUCUGUUGACAAAUGUCUUUCUCAUUUGAUUCAUUUUUUAUUGAUUUUCUCCUUACAUUGUGCCUACGCUAGUCUGAUGUAUUAACAGUGAUGAUAUUUGAUAAUACUAGUCGCUCCUCAAAGGUAUACUCGUAUAUGUACACAUGUUGAUACUGGAAUUUCUGCUUUCCUUGCAUUUCUUUUCUUUUAACUAAAAACUUCUAUUCAUUUUGAGUUUGUAACAGUGUUCUAUAACUACAGCACUGACUUCUCAUUACCAUUCGGUCCUGUAUUUAAAUGUUAUAUUGUAAUUAUACUUUCCUCUCAAAUCUUAUUUUUUGGUAGUAUAUUUAUAUAUUGUACUAUUUGAUCAUUAUUUGUAUAGCUAUCUUUUCUUAGGUGUUUCUGUGCGUUCGUUUCCAUUUGUAUUCUGUUUUUCUUUGUUUAUAAUAUUCUCUCUCUCUCUCUCUCUAGCUUUCAUCAUACCUUUUACCUAAUCAUAUUUUGAACAUGUUAUUAUUACUACUAUUAUUACUAAAGACGGCAUGAACAAUUGAUACACUCUUUCCUAUUUAACUAAUUUCUCAUUCUGUUAAUACCAUAUAGCUGAAUCUAUCAUUUCAGGUGUUGUUACAUAACUGGAAGAAAAUAUGUGUUAAGCUAUUUUUCACAAUGGGUGGCAGCCUUCUUAUAAAUAGUAUAUAUUGAAGGAAAUUAAAAUUAUAUUAGUAAGAAAGUGUAAUGCUUUUAGUAGUGGCCCAGUUAAAAAAUGAUCAGUUUCCUUGCACUACUGUCUGAUACUCAUCUACUGAAGAUGCUUACUUUGUAUGUUUAUGUUAAUUUAUGUGAACUGGAUAGUUCAGUUAUCAAGAUUUCAUUGUCCUCGUCAACUUCAACAUUUGAUCCAAGUGGAAGUGCAUUUUUCAGAUUAUUCUGAAGUAGUGAAUACAUCCUUCGUUUGCGACAGGUUGUCUUCGUAGGUGUUUGUAGUCUUUACUUUCCGUUCGAGAGGAAAGAAUCAUUAUUACAAAUCAGAUUAAUUAUUGAAUCAAAGAUUGCUUGAUAUGUACAUUGUUGUGAAUAAAGUAUGGUAAAGUUUCGU